UAACACCAACCGCUCAACAAACCCCAAAAAUAACUACCUUCCUAUUCCCGCCCACACCAACCUAUCUCUCACUGACACGUGUCAAUUCCUUCCCGCCAAACAACAUAUUCUUUUCACUCUAAAUUUACAUCUCAUGCCACUGCCACUCACAAACAGAGCACUCUGUUUUUCUCUGACUCUGUAACCAAAAAAAAAAUACUCCAUCAAUGGCUUCUUCACUCCUCCUCACUCUCUCUCUCCUCAUAUCUCUCAUUGUGUACUCUCUCUCCUCCCCUCUCUCUUCUGAGACAAUUCUCGAUGCCUCCGAGAUCCUCGCAGACACAGGCUAUCUCUCCAUGUCUCUAACUCUCGAGCUCAUCUCCGAUACCCUGUUUCCAAACUCUCAUUCUCUCACCAUCUUCGCUCCCUCGGACCCUGCCUUCAUCGCCACCGGCCAACCCUCUCUCCCUCUCCUCCAAUUCCACUUCUCUCCUAUCCCAGUGUCCCUCGAAACCCUCAAAUCUCUCCCAUACGGCACAGAAAUCCCAACCAUGUUUCAGGGCCACUCGCUCACAGUCACGUCAUCUCCGUCCGACGAUCGCGUGUCUUUGAACAAUGUCGACAUUACCCCAUUGCCAAUUUUCGAUGAUGGGUUCUUGAUUAUAUACGGAAUCCGCGAGUUUUUCGAUCCGGAUUUCGAGGUUCGAGCACCAGAAUCCAGUUUUGGAUGUGGGUUUUUGAGGACUAAUUCGUUCGGCAAUGCUAGCGAGGCUUUGAGGUCUGGUGGGUAUUCGUUAAUGGCGGGGUUUCUUGAUUUACAAGUGCUUGAGAUCAAGAAGAGUACUAUGAUGACUGUGUUUGCUCCUACUGAUCAAGUCUUGGGGAAUAGGCUCGGCAAUUUCGGCGAGUACUCGUCAAUCUUUCUCCGGCAUGUGGUUCCGUGCCGGCUUUUGUGGACUGAUUUGGUGAAAUUCAACGAUGGGGCUGCAUUGCCGACUCAUUUGGGCGGGUUUUCGAUAAAUAUCACGAGGUCUGGUGGCAUAUUGAUGCUCAAUGGCGUGCCGGUUUACUAUCCGAACAUGUAUAUCAGUGACUGGCUUGUUGUACAUGGCCUUCGCCAGGUUCUUUCGGUGCCAUGGGAAGGAACACAAGAAGGAAUUGCAGGAGCUACAGAUGAAUCCGGAGGCAGUAUUGAAGACUAUACACCGGAUUACGAGUUCUAAGGCCCUGAUGUUCUUGCUAGCUUCUGCUUUCUGGUGAAUAUCUCUGUUGCCAUGACUUUCCUGAAUAUAUCUGUAUGGUUAAAGAAACAAAUUGAACACUUUGAAUUUGCUGAUAUUCUGUAUCUCUUAGCAUGUUACUUUCUAUGAUUGUAUUGAAUUGCCCGUUUUAUUAGUUAAAUGACAAGUGAUAACAUUGAGCCAAUAAAGAAGGAAAGUUAGGAACUUGCUAUAAAGAUUUGGUAUGGUUACUUUUAUUAUGUGGGAGAAAUAAGAGGCUUGGAGCUAUACUAAAAG